AUGCAAUUCAAGUCUCUUCUCCCUUCCAUUCUCUUGGCCAGCUACGGAUCUCUGGCAGCCGCCGACUCGUUCUACGCCUACACCUGUGAUGGCUGUGGCUGCAACGCCUUCCAAGGCCUGGGAGCCAGCAUCGAGGGGACUUGCACCAACCUGAACAGCGGUGCUGCUUCGUUUGGUAUUAGUACCGGCGAGGAUAGCGGCACCUAUUGCACCUUGUUCACUGGAAAGGACUGCAGCGGUUCGUCGCAGAAUGUUGGUCAUCACAAGGGUAAAGACUGGGGUUGCACCAACUCGAACAUUGGAUGGGUGUACUCGGUCCUUUGCUUCAAAUAA